AUGGUUCUUGCUUUGUUCCUUGGCAGGAGUUACUACAGAUGCACACAUCAGAAGUUAUACGAAUGCCAAGCCAAGAAGAUGGUGCAAAGACUUGAUCACAAUGCUAACAUAUUUGAGGUAACAUACAGAGGGAAACACACGUGCCAUAUGUCCUCCACAGCACCAUCGUCAGUUCCCCCAGAACAUAUUUUGCUCGACAUCACACAAAAUACUAACACCACUUCCUCUCAAUUGUCUCCGUCAGUCAAUCUCAGCCUCCAUCCCGCUAGUGGCGCCGCCGCCACCACUGGUGGCAGGGCCGGACCCUCCACCUCAAGAUACGGUGCUGAUUAUCCCGUCGUAGAUAUGGCUGAUGCUAUGUUCAACUCUGGUAGCAGCAGCGGCAACAACAGCAUGGAAUUUAUCUUCUCUCCCACGGAAGAUAAAAGUGAUGCAAAUUGA